AUAAACCCUAGGAUAGAUCAAUGGCUCUUUGAUAAUAGAUUCGGCAAAAUCUCAUCACCACACCCACCAAAACGUCACAAAGUCGCAGCUUUUUGCAUGUUGCUUGCUUGCAUCAAUAUACCUUACGUUCCUUUCUUAAUAAAGGGUUUUGACCAUCAAAUCAAACACACCUCUUUCUCACCAUUCGCUCAUUCACUGUUUGCGACUAUCCGAUUUCUCCAUGGCCUUGGACGCGGAACUGGCAGCGGAGCACCAGAUCUGGGCGGUGGUGGACCUGAUUCAGGAAGGGAUGAGGCAGCAUGAGAGAAUAUCGUUGAUUUUCUCCUAUUCGAUGGCGUCGAAUGCACCAGAUCUCGGCAGCGGUGGACCUAAAAGAACCGUCAUCGCCAACAUCUCUUCGGCCAUAGACGGUGACGAGAACACCCUCUCCACCACCAUCAGCGCCUCCUCCGUUGCAAGCCUUUUUGUAGGUUUUGAGUUUUGACGAGAGAUCGGAAGGAAACCGUAAAAGUGAGAAAGAGGGGGAUCGUGAGUAUUUUUACUAGGGUUUUGAAAAUUAUUGAGUGAAUUACCCCUUGAUUAAUACUAACCCUAGGAUUAUUAUUCUAAUCUAGCUAAUGGUUGUUAGUGUAGUUAGUAUGGUGCUAACCCCUUAAGAGGUUAGCACCUAAUCUAAUUCCGUCGAGACGAUCUUCCUUUAUUUAUGUUCACCAUGAUCCUACUUUGACGGUGUAAAGAAAAAGAAGAAAAAAGU